AUGUUCCAGCUGAUGAUACUUUCAGUGUUCUUCUUGGUUCUCUCCAGGACCACAGCAAAAGAUGAAGUGAUACAAUUUCCCCCACUCAUAAAGGCUCAAGAAGGGGACACAAUCAAUAUCACCUGUUUAGCCAGUGGAAAAUUACAUGGGCUCUACCUGAGGCGACUUACUGUCAUGAGAAUGAAAGUGAUAUAUCUCUCAGAAAAUGAAUUCAUCACAGCAAUGAAUUACAAGAAUCGUACCAGCAUCUCUGGGCCCUUGAGCAAUCUGAUGGUCACAAUAACCAAUGUACAACUGAAUGACACUGAUGUCUAUAUCUGCGAAGGCAUAAUGAUUCGUGAAAACCUCCAGGGAAACGGCACCAUAGUAGUGGUAACAGAAAAAAAAUGGAAACAAGAGGUUGGGGGGGAAAAUGGAAAUAAGAAUCUUCAGGUAUAUCCAUAUACAUACCCAAUCAUGAUGGUGCUAUUUUUCGCCUUUGGACUGGCCCUGGGACCACUGUAUAUGAAGAUGAAGAAACUGAGAAAGAAGUUCAAUUUAAGAAGGACUCAGAAUCCCUUGAAUAGCGUAUAUGAAGACAUGUCCUACACCAUUCAUCGCAACACUAUGUGCCAGGAUAAUGAGUACAAUUGACCAGCCUCAAAAUGGAGAUCAAGCAAGGUACUCCUACAGAAAGAACAUUUUCC